AUGGUCCCAAAUACAUCGCAAGGGAAGAAUACUUACAUCGAAGCCGUUAAUAAAGUAAUUGUUACUCCAACCUUUACUUUCACCGUCGCCUUCAUGCUCCAUACCACCGGCAAUGGCAAAACCAACAUGACCAAGUCUGUCCCUACAUUAGGUAUAGAAAUAGACGUGAAGAGAAGCCUGGAGUCUAUGCAAGUACCAUCUCCUUCGGAUCGCCAGAUCAAAGACACGGGAUUGCAUUGAAAGAUCACAACAGGCACCCCGGCGACAGUCUGAAGAAUUACAACAAUUCCCAGAAUGUAUAUUAUCCUUCGAGUGAAACCAAAGCUGGAAAUUUGUAG